AAAUAUAAGAUAGUAAGAUAGUAAAGUUUAGAUUAGAAGUUUAUUAAAGAUGAUAGUAUUAAUGUUGUAACUAAUUUUGAACACUCAAAGAAUUAAAGGAAGGUGCAAAAAAAGAUAAUAACAAAUAAUUGGAAUAUCAUCAAUUUGUACAUUAAAUAAAAUUUCCAUCUCUCGGAAAUGGCACUCAAAUUAUUAAUUAUUGAUAAUCUUAUGGAAAAAAUAGCGUUUCCUAAGUGAGAAAGAGCAUUGCACUAUUCCAAAUGAAUAUAUUUAUUUUUGUUUUAGUCUCAAUUAAUAUUUUUAUUUUUAGGCCUAGAAAUUGAAAUAAAAGAAAUAAUAAACGUAAACUUUUGUCAAUUAAUAAGAAAAAUUAACCGUUUGAGAGAUUUGCUCUGGAGCCAAAAUUAUGAGUUUACUUUUUUUUUUUGAAAUUUUGUUCGAGUGAAGAUUUCCAACCAAUUUUUUAGAAUUAUGUCGUCUUACUUCGCCGAAAGAGUCACGUUCCCACAGAUUUUAUGCGACACUUUACACGAGUAAAUUUUAUUUUUCAUUCGUGGCCAGAGGAUGGUAACGCUUGCUCAGCUAUUUUGCAGUAUAUCUGCUGCGAUGUCUGGAAGCUUCCGGGCUUCAGGAUUUGAUAUUUGAACUUUAUGGCUCGUGUCCUAUAAUUUUAAGCUUCCACGGCGGGCAAACGCAAGAUUUGAUAAAAUGACAUUCGCCUCGUUCACCUUUCUUUAAUUUGCUCUUCGACCAUAACCAGUCGAAACGGAACCUAAGCUAAACCUAAUCUAACCUAACCUAACCUAACUAAUUUACAUUCUCCCUUCCGAUAUUCCCAGUUUUGAGAAGGCCUUCUCUCGAGAUGUGGUUCUCACGUUUUAGUAUUCCUUUUUUUGUUAUUCGUCCUUAUAAAUUAUUGAUCAAUAACGAUAAGGAUUAAAUUAUCGAAGAUAAAAAUGCUCGCACGUUUGAUAGAGUUAAAUGACUGAAACAUCGUGUCAAUCGAAUUUAUGAUAAUACUAUUAAUGUCUAGAACACUAAUCAUUAACAUCGACGUUUACGUUUGAAUUUUGCAGAAUUAUUUUGAGAAUUAACGAGCAACGUUUUAAAUCUCCUUGACGGAUUAUUAACCAAAGAGCAAGAAUUACUUUCCGAAAUAUCUGAAAAUUUACUUUUGCCCGGCAGGAAGCGGAUUUCUAGUUUUCCAAAUCGAAUGCGCAGUGGCGUAACAACGAUGCGCUGAAACUAAGAACCGCAUUGCGGAUGGAAUUAGGUAGAACGAGUCUCUUGUUCCAACCGAGCAUGGCUUUGCACAACUGAUACCUGUAAAUCUCUAAAGUCACGUUCCAGCAAUGCCUCUCUGUCUUUCUCUCUCUCUCUCUCUUUCGCCAAUUCAUUCUUUGAAUGCUUGUCGAGGUGUUUUUCAUUCUCGAAACACACAUUGGUUUCGAAAAGUAUUCGUAGAUUGAAUAAAAAUUAUUGAUUUCGAGCUAUUGUAACGUUCUCGUAUUGCAAGCAAAUUUUCUCGACCCAAAUUUCUCACUUCAGGGAUACGUGAACCUAAUCUAAAUCUAACUUAACCUAAACCUAACCUAAACCUUGGAUCGCCGAGAAUCAAGGUCAUUUUUUUUCACUGAGAGAUAUUGGGGAGAAUUUUUAAAUCUCUCAUGUAAAUAAGAACAAAUGAGAAAUUAUUCGGAUUAAAUUUCAUUCGGUAUGCUGAUUCAUACAUUAAUAUCAAAAAUUCAUUUGCCACAGAUGAACGCUCACAUACACAUAAUUUAAUACCUACAAUUUUUUACGAAUAUUGUUCAUUUCUGUUACAUUUUAAUAAUUUCUGCACUGAAAAAUUUUAAUAAUUUCUGUACUGAAAUUUUACAUUUACAUUUUAAUAAUUUCUGUACUGUAAAAUUUUAAUAAUUUCUGUACUGAAAGGAACUUUUUCAGUAUUCAUCCAAGGGCGUUUUGAAGUUGUAGAAUUUUCGUGAAGAGGGGUAUCUUCAAUAUCUUUUCUUCAAGUAAUUUAAAAAUAGCUUUGAAAGUAUUCAGCACAUACUCCUAUUAAUGUUCGAACAAUAAAUAUUGAAACUGUUGUAAUUCUUUCUGUGGAACGAAAUCGUAGAACAAUAAAAUUCGUAUGAGAAUUUACAGCCUCUGUGCAUCAUUCAUUUUACUUUAAAGUGUCUUUUUACACCACAUAGCUAGUGAAGAUACUUAUCCUCUCGAACUAUAAAUCCUCGUGGUACGUGCAAAACGGAUUGAAAAAUUUUGUUCAUCUACUGAAGCCCUCGAGGCUGUACGAUUCUUUUCUUCCACGUCGAAAUAGAAAUUUCAUGCGACCUCGACCUUUUCAGAAAAUAAAUGUAAAGAAUUCCAAUUUCCAAUAUUUCUCGUAUUCGAACUGCAAAAAGUUGUCUCAACUUCGAAAUAAGAGAAAACACUGUAUAAUUUAAUAUUAAUUUAUUAAUUUAUAUGUAUAUAUUAAUAUUAUGUAAAAUUAAUAUAUUAAUAUUAAUUUAUAUAUAUAUAAAUAAUUAACUUAUAUUAUAUGUAUAUAAAUUAACUUAUUAAUUUAUUAUAUAAUUUAUUAAUUUAUUAUAAUUUUAUAUUAAUUUAUAUUUAAUAUUAAUUUAAUAUUAAUUUAUAGUACUAAUAAUACUAAUUUAUAUAAUUUAAUAUUAAUUUUUUAAUUUAUAUGUAUAUAUUAAUAUUAUGUAAAAUUAAUAUAUUGAUAUUAAUUUAUAUGUAUAUAAAUAAUUAACGUAUAUUAUAUGUAUAUAAAUUAACUUAUUAAUUUAUUUAUAAUUUAAUAUUAAUUUAUUUAUAAUUUAAUUUUUUUUAUAAUUUAAUUAAUUUAUUCUGUGUGUAAUUUUCCAGGCGACGCUGUCGUCGGGAAAUCAGGAUUCCGUGGAGAGUUUGACGGAAGGGAACUCUUGCCUGGAAUUGACGCCAGACUUCCGGUCGAGUCGCCGGCUGGUGGGCCGCGUGUGUAGAAACACGGAAUACUGCCAUGAACGCCAAUGUGUACGAAAAUGUUGCAUGGAGGACGUGGAGGACGGUGUUACGCUCAAUUGCUCGGCAUUCGCCAGAGAACAGAAUUUCUACAAAUAUUUUUACGAAUCGAAUUUCACGGGAACGGCUUGGGACGCGACAGAAUACGGUGUGCAGAUUGGAUUGAAUUGUACUUACGAUGUUUACUACGAAUUCAUGAACAAUACAUACGGUGUAUCGGCAAAUGGGGAGCUGAAACUUAGUCCCUCAGUGUGGAUUUCACCAGAAAACUACUGCAUCGACUAUAUGUCUAAAGAGGAUGAUUUAGUCGCGUUCAUUUGCUUCGAAAAGGAUGACGAGGAUAAUGACUAUGCCAGAGCCAUAAUUUCCACCGUUUUAAUGAGUAUCAGCUGCAUCUUCCUGCUCUUGACACUGAUCGUCUAUGUCUGCCUACCAGUGCUUCAAAAUCUCCACGGCAAAACUCUGAUGUGCCAUGUCUCGAGCCUUCUGACAGCUUAUUUUUGCCUCUCCGUAAUACAUUGGUUGUCGAAACUAGAAUGGGAUGCACUCUGUUACACGUUAGGAGAAUACACGGCGCUGUCAUUCGAGGGAGAAGUCAGAACAAGAGAUUCGCGUUCUACUGUGUCUACGCGUGCGGCAUGCCGAUUUUUAUCACGUUUCUCUGCAUUAUGGCUGACAUAGUGCACGUCCUGCCAACGAAUAUGGAGCCCCACUUUGGCAAAGAACGUUGCUGGUUCGAAAAGUCGAAGAAUCACGGGGAGAUAAUUUUCUUCAUCGCGCCAGUCGGCAUCCAGCUGUUAACAAACAUAGCGUUCUUCAUUCUCACGGCGAAGGAGUGCAACAAGGUGAAAGCCGAGAUAAACAGGGUUUCGUCCUUGGAUCGUAGGAGAACACGUUUUGACGCUGACAAAACUAAAUUCCUCAUGAACGUGAAGCUGUUCAUCAUCAUGGGUUUAUCCUGGAUCGCAGAGUUCGUCUCCAUGCUACUGAACAAGUACACCACGUUCAAAUAUAGGAAGGAACUGUUCUACUUGACCGACGUGAUCAACUGUCUCCAAGGUGUCUACAUAUUCCUUUUAUUCGCGAUGAAGCGACGGGUCCACGAAGAGUUCAGAAGAAAGCAGCUUGGCCACAGCCCGAAGAAACAGUACGGAAUCAGACAGAGAAACUCGACGCUCCAGGAUCCGUACAAAGUGAAGAAGAGCGCGAGUAACAGCACGUUAACGUCCAGCAUCGCGGUUAACUCGACGCCU